AUGAACUUGAAGAUAGAGGAAAAACCGGAGGCAUGGCACGUCACCCCAACCCCUGGAUAUGUGUUAAAGUUCAGUGAGGUUGAUAUGAAAUUGGUAUUUGGUGAAAGCGAGCCGCAUAAAUGCUUCCUAAACGUUUGUCAUUGUGAGGAAUUGCCGCCACCCACCGAUGAUAUUGAUGAAGUAAGUGUGAAGAGUUUUUUUCGCUCAUAG